CUAAAAUUGCGAUUUUAGGUCAUUCUAACUAGUUUUUUAGGCGAUUUUAGCGAAAAGUUUAUUCGUAUACCGAUCGAAAAGUGCAUUAUGUACCAAAAUGCAUGCGGAACUGCAUCAGAAAGUGCACAAACGACGGAAGAUUUGGAAGGUUUGAUAAAAAAUGAGCCAGUUUUGCCUGUUAUUGAACAAGAUUAUAGCGGAUUUGAUAUCGUAAAAGCGACACAGUACGGCGCCUUCUCCAGAGUGAAACAAUUAGUCGAAGGCGGCCAUGACGUGAACAAAAGAGACUCUGAGAACGUCACCCUGUUACAUUGGGCGUCGAUCAACAACAGAAAAGACAUAAUCAAUUAUCUGAUCGACAAAGGGGCCGAAGUGGACGCCGUCGGCGGCGAAUUGGGCGCGACGCCCCUGCAUUGGGCCACCAGGCAGGGGCAUUUGGGCAGCGUCGUUUUGUUGAUUCACAACGGUGCCGAUGGGGCCGUUUGGGACGCCGAAGGGCUGUCAUGCGUCCAUUUGGCUGCCCAAUUCGGGCAUACGGCUUUGGUGGCCUAUUUCGUGGCGAAAGGCCUCAGCCCGGACCUGCCCGACCGGUCAGGCAUGACACCCUUAAUGCACGCCGCAUGGAAAAUAUGCACUUUGGAUCCGGCUAGGCUGUUGCUGACGUUGGGCGCCUCGCCCAAUUUGACCGAUCACCAGGGCAAUACGGCCCUGCAUUGGGCCAUCAUGGCCAGGAACGCCUUGGCCGUUUCCACGUUGAUUUUACAGAGUUCAGCCAGUCUGUAUGUCUCAAACAAUAGAGGUGAAACACCAGUGAAAAUGCUCCAAACACAAUUGAGCAACAUUUGGAUAGCACCGAAGGUCGCCGAAAUCGUCAAAGAAUCUUCGACUGGUUCUAAUUCGAACGGCCUUAUCAGGAGGAUAGCUGCUGAUAAAAAAAUCCGCCAUUGGUGCAUGGCGGGCACCCCGUUCAUGGCCUUCUACCUAGCAGGAGCGAUCCUAUCGGCCAACUUGAUAGCCAUAAUCAAAGUAUUCCUGCUGAUAUGCCUUUACGUCGUCAUCCAUUAUUCGGCCCAGAUUUUCUGCGACGACAAAUCGAUGGCGCUGCUGCCGAUCACCAUAUAUCUAUCGACGAAAAUGUGGUUCUACGUCACGUGGUUGAUUUACAUAGCACCCUUGAUCGACAUAUUAUUCACCGUUAUGUUCCUGUUGAGUUCCUGUUUGUUGUGGUAUUGUUUCUUGAAGUCUUGGUUAGGUGAUGCCGGUGCUAUUGAAAAAUCGAGGUUGUCCCAGUUUAGGACCAUAAUAGAAUUAGCGGAAAAAGGUCCGGCCUCCUUCGAUCCCUCGCAAUUUUGCUCGGCCUGCUUGACGAAAAGACCAUUGAGAUCGAAACAUUGUUCGAUAUGCAACCGAUGCAUCGCCAAAUUCGAUCAUCAUUGUCCUUGGGUGGCUAAUUGCAUCGGCGCCAAAAACCACCGGCAUUUCCUGGGAUUCCUGGCCAGCUUGAUCAUGAUGUGUCUCCAAUUGUUAUACGGCAUCACGGAGUAUUGGAGAAAGUCGCCCAAUUGCGAGGUCGCGCCUACGGAGAACGCUUGGAAAUGGGCAAUGUCGAUCGGGCAAUGCGACAUAUGGAUAUCGUGGGUGGCCCUGAAUGGGUUUUUCCAUUUAAUAUGGGUGUUUUUGUUAUUUGUAUGCCAGUUUUAUCAGAUAAUUUUCCUCGGAAUGACAACGAAUGAACGAAUCAACAAAUCCAGGUAUCCCCAUUUUAUCAGGAACAAAGGGAAGAGUCCCUUUUCCAAAGGGCCUUUCCGGAAUUUCCUGGAAUUUUUCACGGAUCGGCAAACUUGGCUGGGCGAUUUCCAGACGGACAAAGUUCAGGAAAAUCGUCCGUUGAUCGAUCAACAAACAGACAAUUUUCAAUACGUUUGAUCUCGUCUGAUUAGAUUAAUAUCAACAAUUAAUUGACUUAUAUGAUUAGUUGAAUUGGGGAUUUUUGAGUUUAUUGUUUCGAAAUUUUUCGAAAAAAAUUUAGCAAAAAUAAGUUCAAAAAUUUGUUUAUUUUUUACUUAAUUCCCAUUUAAGCAUUUGUGUAAAAAAUUGUAAAUAUUUAAUUUUAAGUUUCUUGUAAGGGAAAAUUUUGUAAUUAUUUUAUCAUG